AUGUACAACGGCAUCGGUCUACAGACCCCUAGAGGGUCUGGGACGAAUGGAUAUGUACAGAGGAACUGGGCAUCCGUGAGAAGAACGAAAGAUUCUGUAAAUUAUCGGACAGAGGAAGAAAUAGCCAAAUUGGACUCGGCAUCAAAUAAACAGCCCAACAGGGAGAUUUUGGACCACGAGAGAAAGCGGAAGAUAGAGGUUAAAUGCACUGAGUUAGAAGACAAGUUAGAAGAACAGGGGUUGCCGAAGGAGGAAAUAGCGGCUAGAGUGGCGGCCUUCAGAGCGAAGUUGUCAGAAGCCAGCACCGAGAAGGACCUGCCUAAGGACGAGUAUGGGAGAGUAGCUGUACGUGAAACACACGCCGUAGCUGAAGCACAACAAGAGAAGAACGCGAGGCUGCGCGACGCGUUCGGCAUAUCCCCUAGAUUUGUGGAGGGGACGAGUCUUGACCCGGAAAGAAGGGCGCGCGAGGAGGCACAGAGGUACCCCCUCGUGAGGACCCCGAGUCACGAACGGGAGCAGCGUGAUUCCCACGUCGCUAAGAAGAAGAAGAAGCGGAGCACUUCACCAGAACCUAAAAAGUCCAAGAAGAAAAAGUCAAAGAAGAACAAGAAAGAGAAGCAUGAAUCAAGCAAGAAAAAGAAGAAACGCUCCAAAUCAUCCGAUUCCGAAUCUUCUAGCAGCUCCGAGGCCAGCGACUCUGAAAGCACCGACGACGAACGACAGAAGAAAAAGAAAAAGAAAAAGUCGAGCAGCAAACGUCGCUCCAGCAGUCGGCCCUCGAGUCGGGAAAGCUCCCCUGAAAAGCGUGAGAAAAAUAAACAAAGAGAGCAGCAUAGUGAGGUACAUGAUAGCGACCGCCGUAAAAAACACCGUGACCGCGAAGACAGCAGUAGUAAAUAUGACGAUCACAGACACGAGUCCAAUAAACGACGGGAUCGUAGUCGCUCGUACGAUAGACAAUCCUCACCGGACAGAGAUAGAAAUCACCGGAAGUCGCCCGAAAGAAGGCAAAAAUCCUCCAUCCACAAAGUAGAGAAUAAAAAGAAUAUAGACAAGGACGAUUUUGAUUUGGACAGACCAACAGAUAACUCGAGGCGCGACCGGCGAAAUUCUCCGUCGUCUGACUAUGAAACUGUAUCAAAAAAAUACGAUAAACGUGAAAGGCGGAGAGGCUCCACGGAGUCACCACCGCCAGAAAAAAGACGACGUAGAAGUCCCUCCAAUAGAAAAGAAGACUCCUAUUACUCUAAUGCGAGAAGAGACGACACGAACUCCAAGAGAGACUUCAAAAGAGAUAACUAUGCAAGGGACUCGAAGAAGGAUGAACCCUCUAGAAGAGAUAAUGACAAAAAUCGUCGGGAUACAUCUUAUGAAAAUAAAAGGAAUAGCAGGAGUGAAUCACCUGAUUACAGAAGAAAAAAAGACAAUAGAAGAAACGAGCAGGCAAAUAAAUAUGAACGCAGGAAGCCAGAAAACAACGACAAGAGAAGUAAGAACGAUCGUUAUGAAGAAUCGCGAAGUGAAAAGGAAGUCGACGACCAGAGACGAAAGAGACAUAGAAGCCCCUCUUAUGACAAAAGAGAACUUUCGAGGGAAUCUUCUCCAAAAAAUAAUAGAUAUAAAAGAGACGAUCGUAAAGGUCCUGAAAGAUAUUAUAAAGAUUUAAGACCAGAGAAAUCUCAAUCGCCCGAUUCGGUUGUGGAAGUGCUGCCGCGACAAAGGCAGAGUACUGUUUCCAAAGUAUCAAAGGAACCUGUUUUUAAGGAAAGAAGCGAGACUCCGACGAAGUAUCGAAAAAGACGCAGCUCUUCAAAAGAAUACGCCACAAAAAGUUCAAACCAACGUGAAGUAGAGAGAAAAUCAGAGGAAUCCAAACCCAAUUCAAAAUCUAAUGAGUCUAAGAACCAGAGAAGCGAGUCGACGAGAAAAUCGCUUUCUCCAGUGGAAAACCACAGAUCUACCAAAGAGAAACGUAGAAAGUCUUUGAGUAAAUUUAAAUCUCCAUCCCCAUAUACUAAGACGUCGAAGAACAAAAGGAGUGUUACACCGAAUAGGAGAUCCCCUAAAACGGAUCGUCGAGAAGACAAACGAACGGCUGAACCUAAAGACAAAUAUGAUAAAGAUACCAAGGAAUCUCAAAAAGAACGAUCGAAGUCGCAUUCAAAUCCAAAGAGCAGGAGUUCAUCUAGUCUUAGUUAUUCACCUGCUAGAAGGAGCCCAGAGCGAUAUCGAGAUAUUAUAGAGAAACUUCCAGAGAAGGACAAAAGAAAAUAUAUUAAGUCGCCAUCAGAUCUUCAGCCGAAGAAAAAGAAGAAUAAGGACGACUACAAACCGAAAACGGUGUGCAUGAGGAGUUCGUCCAGCGAAAAUGAAGAUUCAGAAGAUGAUUUUCUCAGGAUGGAACUCCACGCGCGCCAAGAGGAAUUGAAUAUGAAGGAAUUGGAUAGGCUUAAGGAACGGCUUGCGAAGCUCACUAAAGCUACGAUUGAGCGCAACCGGCUCGAAGAGAUGAGCGCGCCUUCUACAUCACAAGGUCGCUCAGAACAGAAACUUGAAUGGGAGAUUGAAAAGAAGUCUCCGAAGGAUUUGGAAAAGGAGGUGAUUCCCAAUCCAAUUAGUCCAAAGAAGAUUGACAGUUUGAGGAAAGAAAGCCCUUUACGAGUGGAAAGCACCAAAGUCAAAGAACGAGAGUCAAAGAAAAAGAGUAAGUCGCGCAGUUGGUCGCGGGCCUCGUCACGGUCUCGAUCUAGAUCCCGUUCACGGUCGAAGUCCAGGGUCAAGUCGAGGUCAAAAUCACGGUCCUUGUCAAAGUCACGAAAAAAGUCGCGGUCGCGGUCAAAGUCCAGGGUGAAAUCUUCGCGGUCGCGGUCGCCAUCGGGGUCGCGAUCGCGGUCGCGGUCACGUUCGUCUCGGUCAAGAUCACGAUCUUACUCGUCAUCGAGGUCUCGUUCAUCGCGCUCCAGUUCUUACAGCAGUCGAAGCUCCUCCCGCUCAUCGCGCAGCUCGUCCCGUUCGACCCGUUCUUCGAGAACAAUGACGGGCGUGUACGCGGAUUACCGCAGAUCUAGCUCGGAUCGCACGCGCACCAAGUCGCGUUCGCCGUCGAUCCCGCGGCGCGCCGGCUCGCCCAGCUUCCUCGAUCGAAGACGCAUCACGAGAAAAAAGUCGCGCAAAUAUAGCACCAGUUCCGAAGACUCGUCUAGUAGUGGUGCACGUAAACGCCCAAUACCCUACCGGAGGCCUACGCCAUCAACGCCAUCUAGUGGAAGUGAAUACAGCAGCAGAUCGUCUGAACGAAGCUGGUCGCAGUCACCGCGGCCUGAAUAG